UGUUCAGGUGCACUGUAAGGUAUUAAGAACGAGGGCAGUACUAACAUCCUGAAAUUAGGACACCAAUCGGCAACUGGCGAGCAUCUCUGUACUUUGCUCUCGCACUAUUAUAGCUAUGAGGAGCGCGGGAUCGCUAAUAGCUAAAAGCUUAUUCGCAGUUUCGACCUGUGGCAAUCGGAGCUGCGCAGGCUUGUUGACUCGGGGGUAUGGAGCGGAAGCCGCCAGUGCGACGGUGAACGAUGGCGCGUCCACAAGCGGCGAGGGGCCCAUUAUCGCCGCGUGCGUGCUCCAGCGGCUUCCCCUCGUGCGACCGCGGCUGACGACUGGGGAGCAGGCGCAACUGGCAUUGGAGCGGCAACGGGCACUACAAACGGGGGAGCUUAAGGACUACCCCCAGAACAUGGCUGUGACCGGAAAGGACGAUGCGGGCAGCAAGCAGCAACAACAAGAUCUGCGAGCCUUUGACCCGGUGCCGGCUACAACGGCAGCGGAUAGCAAUGGCGACGUCAGCACCAUGCGGCGGCGCCUGGCGGACAGCCUAUACCUGGUGGUGCGGGGCGGGCCGGCGGCGGGGGGCGGCGGCGGCGAGUGGGCCUUCCCGCAGGCGGUCAACACGGCCGAGGAGAGCAUCAGCGACACGGCCCAGCGGGCUCUGUACGGCGCCAUCGGUCGCAGCCACCCCGUCUACUUCAUCGGCAACGCCCCCAUGGGGCACGUGCGCGCGCUGCCCGCCGGCACAUCGUUCUUCAUGCUGGCCCAGGUGGUGGACGACCCCUGGGACACGCAGCUGCUGCCGGGGGCCGCGCAGGAGCUCGCCUGGGUGACCAAGCAGGAGCUGCUGGGGUCCUACCUGUCGGACGCGCGGCUGCGGGAGCUGGUCAGCAAGAUGCUGUGACGGGCGGGCGGGCGGUGAUACCGGUGGUGGAGGCUGGGCGGUGGCUGUGUGGGGGCGGGGAUCCGGAGAAUCGUGGAUUGGCGCUGCAGGCAUUGGGGCCCGCUGGCGGGGUGCUGGCAGGAUAGAUGCGCCGUAGGUAGAGUGGCAGUAGCGAAGCUACGAUGCUAGCGGCUAUCUAGUCGAAUCCAGGUGUUCCCUUGGUGUAAUGCGGCAGGCGC